UGAAAUAAACCUAACGCUAAACGCUCCGUACGACAGUUAUCAGUAUUUAGUCUGAAUUUUUCAAUAUUUCAAAAUCCCAAUUUCUUAUCAAAUAAUCUUUUUGUAAAGUACAUUUCAAUCGGUAAUGGCAGUUGCCUUAAAAUCAACGGCUACCUUCAUUCACCACAGGAAACCAGUGACCCAUUUCUCUAGUCGUUCUCCUAAUUCUUACAAAUUUAGUGUCGUUUCAACCCGAAGAUUCACUCCAAUGGCUACUCUCGCUGCUGCUCCUAGGACUACUCUUAGUAUGUCUGAAACUUUCUCCAAUCUUAGAAAACAAGGCAAAGUGGCAUUAAUUCCAUACAUCACAGCUGGUGAUCCUGAUCUUCAAACCACAGCAGAAGCUUUGAAGGUGUUGGACUCAUGUGGAUGUGACAUAAUCGAACUUGGUGUUCCUUAUUCCGAUCCUUUGGCAGAUGGUCCAGUUAUCCAGGCGGCAGCUACCCGUUCUUUGGCAAGAGGAACCAAUUUUGAUGCAAUAUUGUCGAUGUUGAAGGAGGUAGUUCCACAAUUAUCCUGUCCAAUUGCUUUAUUUACAUACUACAACCCAAUAUUAAAGCGUGGAACUGAGAAUUUUAUGGCCACUGUUAAAGACAUUGGAGUACACGGACUUGUGGUCCCAGAUGUACCUCUAGAAGAAACUGAAAUUUUAAGGAGUGAAGCUGUCAAGAAAAAUAUCGAACUGGUACUUCUUACAACACCUACUACACCAACAGAAAGAAUGAAAGUCAUAGUUGAAGCAUCAGAGGGAUUUGUAUAUCUCGUCAGUUCAAUUGGAGUUACAGGUGCCCGUGCAUCUAUAAAUGAAAGAGUUCAAAGUCUUCUGCAGGAGAUUAAAGCGGCGACAACGAAGCCUGUAGCAGUCGGGUUUGGCAUAUCAAAACCUGAGCAUGUGAAACAGGUCGCUGGAUGGGGCGCUGAUGGUGUCAUUGUUGGGAGUGCUAUGGUUAAAUUGCUGGGUGAAGCCAAAUCUCCUGAAGAGGGGUUGAAGGAACUUGAAAGCUUCACCAAAUCUUUGAAAUCAGCACUUGUUUGAAGCUGGAGAAUUUUAAUUCAACAAUGUCAUAAAAUUAAAUUAAAUGUCAUUUUUUUUCUUUUCUUUUAUAUUUGCUACUGGAAAUUUAGGCACUCGAAAAUUAGGUGCACUCAUGCAAAAUUCACUAGCUUUUCUACCAAGUGCUGAUCAGCCACAUUUUUCAAAUAAUGAGGAUAAUUUUCAGUGACCAA